AUGCCCCGAGCAACCAUCAAUAUCGCCGAACCGUCCGGCCAGGCGAUCACCGAUACAACCUGGCGCUUCGCCGUCGGUUAUAUUCCCGGCGAACCCAAUCUCGGACUGGUGGGCGAGGCCCAGGGUGGGAGCCCCGCGCGCCGGCCCGACUACGACGAUUCCGGCUGGGAGAUCUGCAACGAUCUUCCGGGUCGGGUAUCCGGUGGUUUCACCUUCGCCUGGUACCGCGCCAACGUCACCAUACCUGAGACCAUCAACGGCCAACCGACCGGCGGAAUGCGCGUCCAGUUUGAAACCUGCGUCGACGACUACGGCGAGAUCUGGGUCGACGGCGAAUGCAACCGCGACCGGGGCGCAGUCCAGGGAUUCAACGUGCCGCAGCGAGUCCCGGUCACCACCAGCGCCCAGCCCGGCGACCAGCACACCAUUGCCAUCCUGGCUGUCAACGGCCCCCUCGGCGAUCCAUUCGGCACGGUGUUUGUGCGCUACGCCAACUUGGGCUUCGAGUGGUAG